AUGUCGAUUCACGAUUCCGAAGCCUUCAAUUGGCACUACGACACGGAGCUCGACGACCAGACCCUCGAAAUCCGCGGUCGAAAGCUCUUCUUCAUCAUCGUUGUCUUCUCCGUCAUCCUCCUCUUCACCGCGCUCUUCGUCUUCGCACGCCGGAUCUGUAGCCACCAUGGCCUCCCCUUCGACUCCCACCCGCCGCAUAACCCGACGCCGACGCUUCCACCGCAGGACGGCCUCGAUGCCGCUGCAAUCAAACGCCUGCCGAUCAUCCUGCAUCAGCGCGCGGCAGCGGAGGAGACCGAGUGCUGCAUCUGCCUCGGCAUGUUCGUCGACGGCGCGAAGCUGAAGGUUCUCCCUGGAUGCGAGCACAGUUUCCACAGCGAGUGCGUGGAUAAGUGGCUAGCUGAUCACUCCAAUUGUCCUCUCUGUAGAGCUUCGCUGAAACUCGAUCCUGCGUUUCCGAGGAUUUUGAUCCAAGCGCCACCUGUUAGAACCACUCUUCCUCUCUAA